UUGAAUUCCCUCUUUUUUCUUAUUCUUCAUGAUUAAAACACCCUUAAAAUCACUUUUGAAAAUGGAGAAAUAAAACUGUUUUGAAUAGUUGUCAAAAUCAGUAAUAAUACAACCUCAAUGAUUGUUUUGAUUUUUUCAGUAACCUGGGGAUUUCUUGAAUAACCAGUGUUUCAAAAAUACAAAAUCUUUAAUUUCAAAUAGAGUUAUUUAAUUUUAAGGGUUUUUCAUGCAUCUUACAAAUUGAAUGGUAAGAUAUGAAGUCAAAAAAGUUUUGAACUUUCUGUUUUAGUUGAAGGCUGCAAAGUUCAAUAUUGUGAAGUUAUACAAGUUCAGAUGAUGCACAAAUCAAUGAGAUUCUGCAGAUUGGUUUCUUUCCUGUUCUUGCUUUUCACAUCUCACUUAGCUACUUUGACAGUAAUUGCUUUUACUGGAACUUAUGGCAUUAAUUAUGGUAGAAUUGCUGAUAAUAUCCCUUCACCGGAGAAAGUCGUUCAGCUUUUGAGAGCUGCAAAGAUACGAAAUGUUCGAAUAUUUGACUUUAAUCAUAGCGUGCUUCAGGCUUUCAGCGGAACCGGACUUGAGUUAGUUGUUGGACUUCCAAAUGGUUACCUCCAAGACAUGAGUGCAAAUGCUGAUCACGCCCUGAAUUGGGUCAAAGACAACAUACAACAAUUUUAUCCUCAGACUCGUAUUGUUGGUAUUGCGAUUGGAAACGAAGUAUUCGAGAAUGAUCAACAGCUCUGGGGAGUUCUUCUAGGUGCAGUGAAAAAUAUCUAUAAUGCAACUAAGAGUCUCGGUCUUGAUCAUAAAAUUCAAAUAACUACAUCCCAUAGUUUUGGUGUUUUUGAUAAUUCAUACCCUCCAUCUAAUUGUACAUUCAGAGACAAUGUCAAGGAGUACAUGGUGCCGCUUAUGAACUUUUUCUCACAGAUUAAGUCUCCUUUUUGUUUGAAUGCGUAUCCUUUCCUAACUUACAUGAGUGAUCCAAAACACAUCGACCUGAACUAUGCUCUUUUCCAAAAGAACGCAGGCAUUAUUGAUUCUCAAACAAAACUCCAUUACGACAACUUACUUGAUGCGCAGAUUGAUGCUGCUUAUGCUGCUUUGGAAGAUGCAGGAUUUAAGAAGAUGGAGAUCAUAGUUACCGAGACUGGUUGGGCAUCUCGUGGGGAUCCAAGUGAAGAAGUUGCUACCGUAGAAAAUGCAAGGACAUAUCAUUACAAUUUGCGGAAGAGGUUAGCUUUGAGGAAGGGAACUCCUAUGAGGCCAAAAAUUAUGCUUAGAGCUUACGUGUUUGCAAUAUUUAACGAGGAUGACAAACCUGGGCCAACUCAUGAGAGGAACUUUGGGCUAUGGAAACCUGAUGGCAGUAUUUCUUAUGAUGUCGGAUUUCCUGCAUUGAAGUCAUCUGCUGUAGCGUCUUCAUUUUUAUCAUUGAAGGAUAUGCGGGCUCAAGGUUGGUUGACACCCUACUCCACGAUAUUUACUACCUGUAUGAUAACGUUAUUUCUGCUCUUGAGAUUCUGAUAUAUCAGCAUUACGAACCGGCUAGCAGGUAUUCUUUGAAUGGUCGAUAAAAUUUCUGUUGUGCUGUUACAAACCAUGUUUAAGCUUCUCCGCGGCCACUGAUAUUUUUUGUAACUAUUGAAAUGCUUGCUAGACUAUGCUGGUAAUUUUUGUCGAGUUUAGCAACAUAUAAAUCAUUUUGCUUAGCGAAUAAAAUCUUCCUUCUGCAAAAUGCAGAAUUUAUCUAAUUCCUUCUACUUAGCCACCAGACUAUACGUUUUGUUGCUUUGCAUUUACUAUUAGGAUUUAGGCCUCUGAAUUGAAUGUAAGCAUUUUUCUAAAUUUUUUACUUCCUCUUGAUUUUAUUAGCGGCUAUUAUUCAUGUAGCAACUACUGUUCAUCCACUGAUCUUAUUUAGUAUAUAUUUUCUCCAUGUAGAAUGUAAAACAUAAUCAAGUCAGAUUUUGUUUGUUCGUC